GGGGGGGGAGGGAGGCGUUCUUCCUUCAAUCUGUCGUUGCACGGCCAACAAACACAUAGGCAUACAUACGUAGGCGCACACACAAUGGCGGAAGCAGUUUGAUCGGAAACUAAACAUUAGACGGCAGCAGGCAGCACCAGAGAGCGAGCCAUUGCAUGCGUCACACAAACACACACACGGUCGGUGUGGAAGCAGGUGGAAGCGAUGGCAAAUGGUUGACCCCCUUGACGUAAUGUGAUGUUGGCUAUCGUGUCUCGGCUGUCGGUACCAAACCGCCGCACCGUGGUGGAGAUAAAAUACGUCCUUUUGCUGAAGUAUGGCAGGUGUCCAGAGAGUGGCACUGACGUGAUCGUUAGGGUACACACUUCCUUGAAGCGCGUGUUAAUAUCCGUCAAAACGGACACCGGGACACACACACGCACGGGAAAGUGGACCCUCAUUGCACUGCUAGGCAAUAGGAAACUUUCCCUCCCCGACUCGUGUGUCCACCUCGUCCGUUACAGGUGGCCGCCGUAAUAGUUUUGCAUGUUGCUUUCCGCUCGGAAAUCGAACCAUUUUCCAUGCGUGUGUGUGUGUGUGUGAUCGUACGCACAACAGCGCGAAGGCGCGAACAUUCGUCGACGGUCACCAUCAUAUCAUAUAUGUGGGAGAGGGGUCGAAUAUUAGUUUUCACCAGAAAAGGGGAAAGGGAUAGGUAUGCGCAGCGUUGCUUGCGUAACCAUUUGCGGAACCAGUCGAAUAGAUAUGAUCGCCCGAGUCCAGCCAAACCGGGGGAGAGGACGACGCGCUGCGUUUGGUCGGUCGCGCACUCCGCACCUGUGCGAGUCCACAGUAUAAUCGCAUCGCAUCGAAAGCGGUUCGUGCGGUGAUUAAAAUAUUGCAUAAAUCCGGGUGGAGGAAGCACGUUGCUUCAUGGGGAAUAUGAUUCUUUUUUUUUUUCUACUGUUUUGUGUAAUCUAAAAAAAUUAAUGAUUCACAUGCGGCUUUGUAGUCGACUGGGCAAUGUUGGCAUGCUCUGGAUGGCUUUAAAAAAAUGGAACCAUUUGUCGGUUGAAUAACCUGAAUCGUGGGCUAAGUGUGCUUCACGGUGGACAGCACCGCAAGAACCGGAAUCACGAAAUUACGCCUAAUCGUAGCCAGAAGCAAUGACCUGAAUACUACACAAUCGCACGCUGAUCUUUUAUUAGUUUAAUGUAAUAACUGAUGAACGAACAAAAAAGAAGCACAUGUUAGUGGUAGAAUCCAUUCUGGACGUUCAAAUUGUUACGAUUGUUACCUCUUUUAACCUAUUGUCAACUUUGAUGCCAUUUUUUGCUUCCUAUUUGCUUGUGUUUCUUUCUGUUUUUGACCCAUUGCAAGUACUAACGCAUGAACGAUCGUUAAGCAAAUUGUACACCCCUGCCCCCCUUCUUCCCGAUAGUGUAAACACACACACACACUGGAGAGAGAGCUAAUGAUUUCCCCAACGUACAUGCGCAACAAAGCAACAGGCAACACCAGCAGCAGCGGUUUAGUGUGCUGCUGUCGAUCGUGGCACGAGUUCCUGCGCGCCCUCCACUUGAACGAGUGUAUAUGCGACGAACUCGCGUCAACCACAGCGAACAGCUUUUGUAUAGUACAUAUCCGAGCAGCUUCGAGUCGCAUGGCGAUCGGGAAUGGAAAAGGGCUAUUUUAAAGCGAUUUGUUUAUACGUUCAAUCAGCGCAUGGCGCAUGGGGAUUUGCGCAAUACUGCUCCCUUCCAGGAGCUAUUCCCCCACUCCGCCUUCUACGGGAGGGCAAUUAUUUGGUUUGCUUCCGUCAAACGAUUUUGUAGUAAUUAAAAGUAAAUUGUAGCCUAAAGAACUUGCAAACGAUCUUUUUUUUCUUUUAAUGACAUCUUUGAUAGGGAAUCCAAAAUUGGUGCCCGGCUGGGUCCGAUAAAUACGUACGCCUACUAUACUAUACCAGCGUAACGGUGACCCGUCGUACGAUCGACCAUUUUGGACGAUCGGGCUGUCGUUUAUGAUCACCAGUACCUUUUCCCCUCCCCCCCGUCAUCAUGCGCCACCCCACCACACACUCAUCAACAUAACGGAUUCUGACAUCCCACGGUGAGAUUGCCUGGGUCAUUCUUGGCCGUUUUUUCCGAAACUAAAAAGCCCCAAACUAACACACUUUUGCUGUCAAACGUGCAAGAAAUGCAAUCAGGCAAUAAUGAAACGAGAAAGGAGAAAGGUUCGCCUGCCUGCCAAAUGACAUUGAGCGAAUUUUGGGGAUUUUCGUAAACCGUCAGACCACAAAGAAAGCCACAAAGCAGCAGCACCACCAGCGCGCGCGCCUCACAGCCAGGCACACACAAGAACGUUCCGUCUGCGGUUGGGCCUUUCGGGGUCAGCAGCUUCUUCCACGCUUGUUCGUUCUGUGCAUGAACCUUCCGGGAGGACCGUUAUUCCCGUGGCUAGUUGUGGCCUGCUAGCACACCGAAAACCAGUUCCCGGGCGCCGUUGAAUGGGGGCAUUCUUACCGUUUUGCUACGUGUUUCGUUGUUUUGUAAAACCUUUUUCCUCCACCUUGGGCGAGCGAUAUCGGCCGGUUCUGCCGAGAGAAGAGCACACGCGAAACGUUUGGCUCGCUAUCGAAAAAUCUAUUUAUCCUGACCAAACAGCCGCAGCAAGAAGAGUUUCGUGUUUUGGACCCAAUGUUCGAAACAUUCGCCAUUAUAUCAUCUAAUUGUAUCGUGUUUCUUGCUUUGUGUGGGCCACCAGCCCCACAAACACACGGGAGUGUAGGAAGAUUAGGAGCAGAUAUACCAAAAAAAAGCAGCACCGGCACAUGGUUGCGUGCUGGUCAGCCGUUCGCCAGCAAAAUUGCAAACAAAUAGCAGCAGCAGCAGCAGCAGCAGCAGCUCUCAUUAGCUCAUGAUGGUCCUCGAGGAACUGCGCCGUGCGCGCAACUCUAUUUUCGACUCCGACGAUGUCCCGAUCGUGUACGAACGGUUCAGCGGCAAAAAUCCGAGCUGGUGGCGUCGCCGCACUGCCCUGGAGAAGGUACUUACGCUUAUCAGCGUCGUGUGCGGAGUAGCCGUGGUGGCGUUAAUCAUUUCGCUCCUCACCGUAGUGCUGACGGACAGAAUACAGAGUGAAAGUAGCUCAUCGUCAGCUCAGCCCUUGACCGCCGGUAGACGUGGCAAAGCGCUCAACAAACACCCCAACACGGUGGUAGACUCCGGAAAGAGUGCGGAAAACAUCUGCCUCACACCAGGAUGCAUCCAUUCUGCUUCCAAGGCGCUGGAGCAGAUGGACCAGGAGGUGGAGCCGUGCGACGAUUUCUACAACUAUGCCUGCGGCAAGUUCGUCAAGGAGACGGUCAUCCCGGACGAGAAGGUGUCGGUGAACACGUUCUCCGUGAUUGGCGAUCGGCUGCAGCAGCAGCUCCGUUCGCUGGUCAGCGAGGAGAUCUCCGACAGUGAAGCGACACCGUUCAAGCUGGCCAAGAACCUGUACAAGCUGUGCAUGAACAAGACCCGCAUCGAGGAGAAGGGCAUCAAGCCACUGCUGGACAUUCACGAAGUGCUCGGCGGAUGGCCCGUGCUGAAGGGCGACAGCUGGGAUCUGGACUCAUCCUGGUCGUGGGUGAAGUCGGUGAAAGAUUUCCGCAACAAUGGCUACAGUACGGACUACUUCUUCGAUUUCUCCAUCGGCAGUGAUCUGAAGAACUCCACUCGUCGCAUUAUUGAUACUGAUCAAGCUUCCCUGGGCAUUAGCCGUGAGUAUCUGGUAAAGGGCAUGGAAAACCCGAUCGUUUCCGCCUACUACAACUACAUGGUCGACAUGGCCGUCCUCCUGGGCGCAGAUGAGGAACGUGCCAAGCGGGAGCUGCUCGAUUCGCUCAACUUCGAGAUGGCGCUGGCGAACAUUUCGCUGCCAAACGAAAAGCGUCGUAACGCUACCGCCCUCUACAACCCGAUGACGGUGAAGGAGUUCCAGCAGCGCUAUCCGUACACCGAUUGGUUGGAGUACUUUAACGCUAUCCUGAAGGAUACGGGCAUCGUUAUCGGUGAGGAGGAGGUAAUCAUUGUGAGUGUGCCGACGUUCAUGGAGCAGCUCGGUCCGCUACUCCAGAACACACCGAAGCGCGUGAUGGCUAACUACGUCAUGUGGCGCAUCAGUGGCUUUUCGUCCUUCUUCCUGACGGAGAAGCUGCGCAAACGGCAGCUGCAGUACAGCACUGCAUUGAGCGGCAAGCAGGAGCAGGAACCGCGGUGGAAGGAGUGUGUGGAUAUCACCUCCGGCAGCUUGCCAAUUUCGGUCGGUGCGCUGUACAUUCGCAAGUACUUCCGCGAGGACUCGAAGCGUGCCGCGCUGGAUAUGGUCAACGACAUCAAGAGCGUGUUUGUGGACAUUCUGAAGAAGGUCGACUGGAUGGAUGAGGUGACGCGUGUGUCGGCGCUGGAGAAGGUUUCCACCAUGGCCACCCACAUCGGGUAUCCGGACGAGCUGAUGGACGAUGCGAAGAUUGCCGAGUACUACAAGGAUCUUGAGUUCCAGCCGGACAGCACCUAUCUGAACACGAUCCUGUACAUGAACAAGUUCGGCACGACGAAAGCGUUCAAGAAGCUGCGCAUUGCGGUCAACAAAACCGACUGGAUCACCCACUCCAGACCGGCGAUCGUGAACGCUUUCUACUCGUCGAUCGAGAACAGCAUUCAGUUCCCGGCCGGUAUUCUGCAGGGCCAGUUCUUCUCGUACGAUCGCCCGAAGUACAUGAACUACGGUGCGAUUGGGUUCGUCAUCGGGCACGAGAUCACGCACGGCUUCGACGACCAGGGCCGCCAGUUCGACAAGAACGGCAAUCUCGUCGACUGGUGGCAGUCGGACACCAAGACGGCCUACCUCGAGAAGGCUCGCUGCAUCAUCGAACAGUACGGCAACUACACCGAGCCGAACGUGAAGCUCAACCUGAACGGUAUCAACACGCAGGGCGAAAACAUUGCCGACAACGGGGGCAUCAAGGAGGCGUACUACGCGUACCGCAGGUGGACCGAAAAGAAUGGCCCGGAACAGCGCCUGCCCGGGCUGAACCUAAGCCCCGAGCAGAUGUUCUGGCUGUCGGCCGCCCAAACCUGGUGCUCGGUCUACCGUCCGGAGACGAUGAAGAUGCGCAUUACUACGGGCGUCCACUCGCCCGGCCAGUUCCGCGUGCUCGGCCCGAUGAGCAACAUGCACGAGUUUGCGAAGGACUUUAACUGCCCGGUCGGCUCGCCGAUGAAUCCGGAGCACAAGUGCGAGGUGUGGUAGAGAGCAAACGCAACGACAAACGCUCAUGGCAAAAUGGGACCGGUCACGACGACAGCGUUCGAUACGGGCCGGUUCCACGUGGUGCAAAAGGAACCCGAGCAACAGCAGCCGCGGACAACAGUGUGGACAACAAACACGCACCACCUUACUCGGAUUCGUUACUUAAUUUAUUUAGUCCGCUGUUUUGCACUAACUCCUGCAGCAGCAGCAACAGCACACGAACACACGUUCUUAGGUGAACGAAUGCGACUUACAGAAGAAGAAGGAAAACAAAACCCGCAACAGUGACACAUCCCAAUUGUUUCGGGGCGUCUCACGUCGGGCUUUCUAUUACAUAUACCUACAAUCUCUUCUAUUUUUUUUGUUGUUGCAAGAGAAGAACACUAUCUACGACCGUUUUUAGCAAGGGUUUGGGCCCAGAUGAGCUUAACAUUAUUCAUAGACGGUGGGGUUUACAUCGAGUUUACAUACGUAGGUGUAAAUGGCGGCAAGCAAAGCAAAAAUCAUGCAUGCACACGGGCCCCGGUGAGCGCCGUGUAGCGCGGAAUCGUUACAAAUUAAUUUAAAUUCUCCUCCCUUUGAAUUCGCCACAUUCUAUGUCGCAAAUAGGGGACGACAAAACAAAUCGAACAACAGGUAUUGUUAUCAGUAAGCGUAUUUUUUUUUUUUUUUUGUUUGGUCAAAAUCAUCCGGGCGGCAGGUUGUUUGCUUGCGGGGGGAGGGUGGGAUUGGGAUGGAUACCGGCAUCCCUGCGAUCGAGUCCUUAAACGUUUCUUCUCUUUGCUAUUUUUAAGUAGAUGAUAUACAAAACUAUUAAGAAAGAUUCUCAUGCAGAGUGAACCGUGGGUUCUUUCAUUUUAUCAACAUACAAAUAUUGCUUUAUGAUAUUACUGUGUCAUAAAUACAAAUAAACAAAUGUUUUUGUACAACAAUA